GUUUCGCGUUUGGCCGGGCGGCAGUGUAAUUUGUUCCAAACAAAGUAGGACGGAGCCCGCAGAGGCCGAAUGAUAACAAUAGACUGAACAUUUUUUUUUAUUGUCGUUUUUGUUUAAAUGUCUAAAUAAAUCGUUUCAAGAUACCAGCUAUGGGUCCCGGAUAAACGAAGGAAUAUUCCAGAAACACCGUGGACUGCGGUGUUUGGAGUGCGGGCAGCGGCCCGGGGCCGAGAAGGAGCUUAGCAGCCGGGAGAAGCACAAGGAGUCGCCGGCCAUUGUGUCCAUAUCCCUUACUUCCUGAUUCUGUUCUGGGAGAGUUCAGACCAGUAUCAUCGCCAAGAUAGCCGGGCCAGGCAAGAAGAGGAACACCUCAGAUCCAGACCCCAGCAGCGGUAGUGAAUCCGGAGACGGUCGACCCGUUAGUGCCAAGUGCCCGAAGAUGGCCAGCAGCGGUGGUAGCGGUGUGGCUGGUUCCGAGACAGUGGGCCGUCGCGGUGGGGCUCAGCAGAGGGGGGGUGGUGUCAGGGAGAACAGCUCUGACCUGUCCUCCAGUACCAGUAAGAAGAAGCAGAAGGACCGGGCCAACCAGGAGAGCAGAGAGGCCAAGAGGGCAGCCGCUGCAGCAGUGGACGGGGUCAUUGCAGAGGUCAAGAAAGAUGUGUUUGUGGACUGGAAGCAGAAUGUCAAUGAAGUGACGGUCAGACUGCGCUGUGGAGAGGGGGUGCAGAGAAUAGAGGAUAUCAACACGACCUUCACUGAUACUCACUGCCAUGUGCACUUCCCAGAUGGACGGCAGUGGAGCUGCCAGCUGCAGGAGGAGAUCGAGGCGUCAUGCAGCAGAGUCCAACACAAGGAGAAGGGAGGCUUCCUGCACGUCAUCAUGCACAAGAAGAUUCCCUUCCACAUCUGGCCUUCGCUUAAGUCAAAUAAGAAGGAGAAGGAGACCGUUCCUAUUGAGAUCAAAAAAGAGAAGGAACUGGAGGGGAAGCCCGUUGCCUCGGAGUCAUCAGAGAAACCCAAAGUGUCCUCCACGCAGCCAAAUCAGCAGCCUCCCUCGACACCGGCACACAGCGAGUCCAGGCGCGGUGGCAGCAAGGCAGAGCGGGGGGUGAAGCGCGGCCUGAAAAACAAACAAGCGUGUGACAAAACCACUACAGACUCUGCAGGGGUGAAAGGUGGAGAUAGCUCAGCCCCCACCAGCAAGCCUGUCGCAGUCACGCAAGGAGAGCCUCAGGAACCCAGUGCCAAGCGCACCAUCACACAGCUGCCCGCGGCAACCAAGGAGGCCACGUCACCUGCCGACAGGGACGCUCACACACACCUGCCCGCUGGUCGGAGCCCACAGACACAACGCAGAGAUGGAGACAACAAAGGCGGAGGAGAGGAACAGAGAGCAGGAGUCGCUGCUGGCAGCCAUACUAACAAAACUCAGGUGGCAGAAAAGCGUAACCAUUCUUCAGAAAGAUCUGGAACAGCAGCACACAGCAGUGACGACCAACCAGCAGCUCCCGUCAGCACCGUUAACGGCCUCCAAACAGAUAACCAGCUACCUGUCGGCUUCAACAAGGAAGUGAACUCAGCCUCUCCUGAAAUGCAGGGAGAUAGAACUGACUCUGAACUACAGAAAAAGCCUGUUGAGCAGGAAUCAGAGCAGGAUACUCUGAUUCGCCAGCAGCAGCAGCAGCUUGAAUCAAAGGAAGCGGGUUCGAUACCAGCUGUUGGCAUGGCAGCCAAACAGAGCCAGUCACCUGCUGUAGCCCAGAGGCAGGGCAGCUGUGACGGAGAGGAGAAGCAAGACCAGUCCAAGGAGGAGCCCCCUCUGGAAAUAAAACAACAGGAAGUCCCAGAGCCCAUGGUCAACCUGCAGAUUUUGAAGUAUGACUCGUACGAGAAGGGCACCGACCUGAUGGUGGUGAAUGUUUACACGAAGGGGAUCUGCAGGGACACGGCCAGGGUCAUCUUCAGGGAACAGGACUUCACCCUCAUCUUCCAGACAAGUGAUACUAACUUUCUGAAGCUACAUCCAGACUGUGGACCAAACACAGUGUUCAAGUGGCAAGUCAAACUCAGGAACCUGAUCCAGCCCGAGCAGUGCAGCUACUCCUUCACCCCGUCCCGACUGGACAUCAGCCUGAAGAAGAGGCACAGCCAGCGCUGGGGGGGUCUGGAGGCCCCCGCCACUCAAGGUGCAGUGGGUGGAGCCAAGGUCGCUGUUCCUUCCAGCCCAUCCUGCAUGGAGAAGAGUCAGCCGGGCAGCAGCCAGCACAACCACCCCGCCAUGGAGGAGCCCCCCAGGGUCGGGGAGGAGAAACCCAAGCCCCCUAAAGCCUUGUCCAGGAUGGAUGAUGGAGGUCUGGAUAACGUGGCUCCUCGCUCCGUCUCUGAGCAUGUCCCUAUCUCCAAGCCAGAGCUAGCUGUUACCACGCCUAAACCCACCUGCAUGGUGCAGCCCAUGACCCACGCCACUCCCGCCAGCAACGAGCGCCAUGAAGAAGAGGAGGAGAAGAAGGUGUGCCUGCCUGGUUUUACAGGAUUGGUCAACCUCGGAAACACCUGCUUCAUGAACAGCGUCAUCCAAUCCCUGUCCAACAGCAGAGAACUCAGGGAUUACUUCCAUGAUCGAGGGUUUGAGUCAGAAAUCAACUGCAAUAAUCCUCUGGGGACAGGAGGCCGGCUAGCCAUUGGUUUCGCUGUGCUCCUCAGGGCCCUUUGGAAAGGAACACAUCAUGCCUUCCAACCCUCCAAACUCAAGGCUAUAGUGGCCAGUAAAGCCAGUCAGUUUACAGGCUACGCCCAGCACGACGCCCAGGAGUUCAUGGCGUUCUUGCUGGACGGGCUCCAUGAAGACUUGAACCGCAUCCAGAACAAACCUUACACGGAGACGGUGGACUCUGACGGGCGGCUGGAUGAGGUGGUGGCAGAGGAGGCAUGGCAGAGGCACAAGAUGAGAAACGAUUCCUUCAUAGUGGACCUCUUCCAGGGCCAGUUCAAAUCCAAGCUGGUCUGCCCCAUGUGCUCCAAGGUGUCCAUAACCUUUGACCCUUUCCUUUACCUGCCCGUGCCCCUACCCCAGAAACAAAAGGUGCUCUCAGUUUUCUACUUUGCUAAGGAACCUCAUAAGAAACCCAUCAAGUUCUUGGUGAGUGUGAGUAAGGAGAACUCCAGCACGGCUGAAGUCCUCGAAUCCAUUUCCAGGAAUGUCCGCGUCAAACCAGAGAACCUCAGGCUGGCAGAGGUGGGGAAAAACCGCUUCCAGCGCAUGUUCCUGCGGUCCCACUCCCUGGACACGGUGUCCUCCUCCGACAUGCUGUUCUGCUUUGAGGUGCUCUCCAAAGACAUGGCCAAAGAGAGGGUGGUUCUGCUCCGAGUGCAGCAGAGACUCCAGGUCCCUAAUAUUCCCAUCUCUAAGUGUGCCGCCUGCUUGAAGCCUCCGGUGUGUGAUGACGACAAGCUGAAGCGCUGCACACGCUGCUAUCGUGUGGGCUACUGCAACCAAGAUUGUCAGAAGACCCACUGGCUCCAUCACAAGGGUCUGUGUCGCCCCAACACAGAGAACGUGGGCCUGCCCUUCCUGAUCAGCGUGCCAGAGUCCCGCCUCUCCUACGCCCGCCUCACCCAACUGCUGGAGGGCUACACCAGGUUUUCCGUCAACGUGUUCCAGCCUCCUUUCCAGUCAGACAGGACAUCCCCCGAAACACCCCAGUCCCGCACUGACCUCCCCCCAAUGCCAGCAGGCUCUCCUGAGGGCCCUGGGUCCGUGGAUGAGGCUGUGGGUGGCAGCAGUGUAGGAGCAGCUGAUCAGGAUCUGGAGAGCCCCCCCCUGCUGCCUGAGGCCCAAGCAGAGUCCGCUCAAGCCUCAGCGCUCCUCUCCGGGGACUCCCUGUCCUCCUCCCAGAACUCCCUCUCCACCACACGGACUGCAGACUCAGGAUUCUCUGAGCCGAUCUCCUCUGCUUCCUGCUGCUCUCUGGACCAUCUGGCAGAGAAAGAGACGUCUUGUGAGAAAGCAGUGCGCCCAGAAGCUGCAGUAACAGGCUAUCAGCAGCCAAUUGAAUCAGCAUCGGGUCACGCCAGUCAGUUCUAUAUCGCUGUGCUGGACUACAACAACAAGGAACAGAGGCUGGAUGAAAGAGAGGACCUUCUUGCAGACCUCCCUGAAGACGCCACCCUGGAGCUGGUGUGGAAAAACAACGAGCGUCUGAAGGAGUACGUGCUGGUGAGCUCUAAGGAGCUGGAGUACGACGAGGACCCCGGCUCUCUGAGUGAGACGGCCAGAGCAGGACACUUCACCCUGGAGCAGUGCCUCAACCUCUUCACCAGGCCAGAGGUGCUGGCUCCAGAGGAGGCAUGGUACUGUCCAAAGUGCCAGCAGCACCGAGAGGCCUCCAAGCAGCUGCUGCUGUGGCGUCUGCCCAACAUCCUGAUCAUCCAGCUCAAACGCUUCUCCUUCAGGAGCUUCAUCUGGAGGGACAAGAUCAACGACAUGGUGGACUUCCCUGUCAGGAAUCUGGAUCUUAGUAAGUUCUGUAUUGGCCAGAAGGAUGAUAUGCAACAACCUCCCAUCUACGACUUGUACGCAGUCAUCAACCACUAUGGAGGAAUGAUCGGAGGUCACUACACUUCCUACGCCCGCCUGCCCAGUGACAAGAACAGCCAGCGCAGUGAUGUUGGCUGGCGUCUGUUUGAUGACAGCACCGUGACAAUGGUGGAGGAGAGCCAGGUGGUGACGCGCUACGCCUACGUCCUUUUCUACCGGCGGCGAAACUCCCCCGUGGAGAGGCAACCGCGCUUCCUCAGGCCCGUAGGAGCCGAGUCGCCCACUUCUGCAGGAGCCACUGCCAGCCAGGCCUCUCUAAUAUGGCGGGAACUGGAGGAAGAAGAGGAGGGGCUUGACGAAGGCCCCCGCGGACUGUUCCGCUCUCCGCUGCGGAGACGACAAACGCAGAGGAACGAAGAUGAGGAGGAGGAGGAGGAGGAGGCGGACAGAAGCGAUGGGGCGGUGCGGCGGCCCCGCAGGCAGAGGAUGUCGGACUAUCCUGACGAUGACUGUGUGCGAUACUUUGUUGUGGGAACGCUGGCAGCGCUGUUCGCUCUGUUCCUUAAUCUGGUCUACCCUCUGCUGUACAGAGCCAACUGGGCCUGAGCGGGGGUUUAGCCGGUGCUUUCAGAAGUAUGUCAGGUUAGAUGGGAAACUUCAGGGGAGUUUAAAUACUUAACCAAUCCUCUUGUGGAAGUACUGAGUAAUGCAUUCAUGGGCUUCAGCUAGUUUACCUACAUCUUGAAGUGUAUGUAUAACAUCACAUGGCUCAACCUUUUAAAUUCUACUAAAGCAUAGGGCUGCACUAUUAUGGCGAUAAUUAUUUAUUGAUUUUAGGGAACACUUUUUGUCAGAUGCCAGGUUGCCAGGUUCAAGAAGCGCUUGAUUUGAUAAGCAGCAGAGUUCUUUGUAAGCAGAGCAUUUGAAUCAUCUGAUCAUCUUAAUUUAACUGUGGAGAGACACAAUUAUAAGAUUGUAUUAAUUGUUAAGCCACAUUUAAGCGCUUCGUGACACAUUAAAGCCAUGGAAGAGCAAAAAUAUCGUCUUUAGAAUAAUAAACCGUUGUGAUUAAACAGAAAACCCCUCAGAUUUGAUAUAAAUGUCCAAUCAGUGUUGAUGGUAAAUGACAACGCGGGAUGGAAAAGGACAGCUGAUUUUGCAGCUGAAAACAGUGCUGGCUUCUUUUGGUCAAUAUAGCAUUCACUGAGGAAUGUGUUGUUCAAAUCGCCUAAAUGUAUCUUCAACACUGAUUGGACAACAGCACACCAGGCGGUUACUUGUUGCAGUAGAAUAAUACUAUCAACACACAGCACCGGUACAUUGAGUGUACACCUUAACUACAUUGCCUCUAUGCAGUUAAUUGACUCUUGCUUUCAGUUUGUGUGCUUUUUGACAAAUUUGCCAAGUUUAACUCACAUUUUCUUUAAAUAGUUCUCAGACAUUGAUUAUUUAAUCAUGGAGCUGUAUUAAAUCUUUGGCAAAUAAAUCCAACACACAGAAAGGCAGUGAAAGCUGGGUUAGAGCUCUGUACAAUUGGACUCUCAGAUAGGAUCUGAAGAAACCAUAGUUGUACAGUAAUGUAUCGAGUGCUUAUCAGCUGAGCAAUGACAAAGUUGUAGCCACUAUGGAAGGCUAGUAUUGCACUACACUCUAAAGAGAAGAGAUCGCUACUUCCUGCAGUGUGAGAAGAGGCACGGCAACAGUGUUUUAAUGUAAAUGUCUAAUCAUGAAGCAAAGGAAACCUUCCGUGUGACCAAUUGCUGCUGCUUUUUUAAAGUGCUUAAAUUGUUAUAGUAAUUGUUUUGCAAUAUCUUCUCCUUUUUUCUUUUUUUCAUGACUUUUUUCUUUUAUUAAAAUGCUUGUAUUAGUUGGUCCUUUAUGUAUUUAUACAUUUGAAAGCCAUAUAGUGAGUAUUUUAAGUUCUCAGGAUGAAAUGUAGUAAACUAUGUGUUGCUCUGUUUUUUUUUUAAUAUAACAAGAUGAGAAAUUGACUGACAAUGCAAGUUAAAUAAGAAAUGUGUAAGAAAGUGUGAUAAGAAAUACCGUCCACCUCUGAAUGUAUUUCAAUGUGUCACUCUGUGGAAAGACUUUGAUUAUGGACAUAUUUGGAGCUCAAAAACAUAAAUAUUGUGUGUGUGUGUGUGUGUGUGUGUGUG